AUGUCUAUCAAUCCCCAUAUGACCGUCUUCGGGACAAUCUUCCUCCUUCUCCUCGCCGCCUCAAGCCAAACCGCGGCGGCGUUGAAUCUUUCUCUCGGCGACCUCUGCACGGUGGCGGAUUUUCCUGUAUUGUGCAGAGGCACCAUUAAGGGUCAAACGAAUGUGAACGCAGCGACGGAUGUGGCCAUCAGAGAGCUGAUGAAGAGGACGAGGCAAGCCAGAGAUAUCGCCAAGAAAGAGCUGAAACGCGAUGGAGGAGUCGCGACUUGUUUGUCCAACUUCAACAGCGCGUUUGAUAAUUUGGAGAAGGCCCUUCAGAACAUUAAGGAGAACGAUGGUUUUAGCCUCAACAUUAACCUCAGCGCUGCGUUAACGGACUACGAUACUUGCAGCGACGCCAUGAAAGGAAGUCAGGAGAUUAAUAACGUCGUUUACAAAUCCGCAGGCGUUUUGUACCAAAUGGCUGAUAAUUGCUUGGCUCUUUCUACCCUCGUUAAACAAUGA